AUGUUGCUUUUUAGCCAAUUUUUUCUUAAUUGCUUCUCGGGCUCGGCGGCGUAUCCGCAGACCCUAGGCAUUGUGCUUAUUUAUGUCCUGCUUCCAUUCACAUACACCGAGUUUGCCCCACCUGAAAAGCGCGCUAUGCAGGCCAAUAAUUCUGUCACGCCCGAGGAGCUUGUCGCCUUCAAGAUCCUGAGGGACCAUGAUGCAGCGUCGAAGGCCACCCCAAGCCUUCUUGCAUAUCAGGAAACGACGCAGAGUGCCAACAUGCCAGUUCCUGGCGGGUUCCUGACCUACGUUGUUUGGAAAAAGGUUUCUGGAAUACAGUUAGGUGAUAAUACUGGGGCCGCUACAAGCUUUUGGAAGUCAUUCCCCAAGAAAGAGGAUCGAGAUCCAAUCCAGAAGGCUUUCAUGCGAAAUUUCAAGUAUGUCAUAUCUCUUCUUCUGGGUACGAGAUCUACACUGACUGGGAAUAAUUAG